AUGUCCAAGGGGCGAUCGCCGGUGUUCUUCUCGACCAGUUCAACCGACGACUUUGAGCUACCCAAGAUUGUGCCCAUGAACGAGACGGCGGGGGAGCAGUGGGAGUUCGAUGCAGUUUCCGACGAUGGCCUUUCUGGCGUCAUUCUAGGCUUCUACCGCGAUCCCAACUACUCGGUUUUGGGUUCGGGAAACCUGCGUAUGUACAUCGAAAUCGCUUUCCCCGAGCCAGGCCGCCCGCGCUUUGUGCAAAUUGAUUACCCAACCGAGUCGACAAUUGAGCGGUGCCCUGGUAUUGGCACCCGGGGAGAGUGGAAGGGUGAUGGCUACCGCUACGCAUGGCACGUGUCCGAGGCUAUGAACCGGGCCCAUGUGGUGUGGGACACACCGAAGACAAAAGGCAGUCUGAGCCUGACGCGGUCUCUGGUGCCACCACGCUACGCUGACGGCAGCACCUGGCCGCCGUCAAAUCAGUCUAGCACCGCUUCACCUCUGACGGUACCCCAUUUCUACUGGGUUGAGCCGGUGCCCGUGGCAGAGGCCCAGUUUGAUGCCCUGGUGGAGGCCGAAACAGUGACGUGGUCCGGCAUCGGGGGCCACGAGCGACUCUGGGGCGCCUUCAACUGGCUCACCUGCCUCGACGCCCUCACGCUUGUGAGACUCCGAGCUGGGCCCUACGCGCUCACCUUCCUCGAGCUCGAGUCUUGGCUGUACAAAGGCCUGCAAGUUCCUUCGGUGCUGCUGGCUGAGAAUGGCGCCAAGGUCUUUGCGAGCCGGUCCACCAAGGCCUCGGACACGGAGGACUUCUUCACCUGGCAGAAGGUGUAUGGCGGCGAGGGCAUCUCAGGGAGCCUGAGCGACAAGGCAACCGGCUUCGUGCUCGAUCUGGUCUCGCCCUCGCAGGGAAAGCAAUGGACCUUUCUCAUUACCCACAGGAACUUAGUUUUCGAGUACUUCUUGGGAGGAGGCGUCGGUGGUAGUGGGUUUACCGCCACCGUGGCAGGGGGUCAAGUCGGAACGCAGAGACAGUGGACGGGUGUAGCCUUGACCGAGGUGCUGAAGCUCCCGGAGAAGAGCCUGCUACUGAAGAGGAACUAUGUCGAGUGA